GCUUACUUGGCGCUGUGCUCUUCUUUGUCCCUCUUUCCCUCUUCCAACAGCAACAGUAUAUAUAUGCAAAGAGAAACAAAAUUUUCCCCUUCAACUUCCUCAGAAGAUUCAACCUUCGCCUAUCACUUUUGAAAUUCUCUAACGCUACUCUCGUUUAGGGAUUCAAAUUCAAUGGACUCGAACUUCUACAAUGAAAGCAACAAACUCAACGUCCUGAAGAGCAGCAACAUUCCGAAGCUGGCGACGACUCCGGAAAGAAGCCGUGGCAACUACUAUUCAUCACCGGAGAACCUCAUCAAGUACCUACGCUCCAAUUCAGUAUCUAGUACCGGCCACAGCGGCUCCUCCGGGAAGAGCUGCUUCAGAUCAUCGGUUUCGCCACAGUCGGAGAAGACACCACUGAAGGUGGUGGACGAAGAUGUGUUUGUAAUGGACGGAGUUCUUGUUGCUUCUGAUACUAAUAUCAUAGGAUCGGGUCUUCAUCUUCGGGAAGUACUGGUUUCUAUAAGUCAGAAAUUUGCAGGGCUUGGGAGGAACUUGGCCAUUGCCGAUAUGGAUCCAGGUGUCAGUUGGAACAUGGAAAGGAAGACGUACCCCCACUUGUUUCUCAUUCAGGACCAAAUCUGAGGUUAGCAUCAAUGAACUU